AUGGCCGAUAAGAUCACGCUCGAGCAGGCCGACCAGCUGCAGGCGAUCCUGGUGGCGGAUGUGUCCGUCGACGUUAAGGUGCAGCAUGUGACAGCGGCCAAGUCGAGCAUCAAGCAGCACAACGUGCCGGACAACGUGGUGGGGCCGCUGUUUGAGGCGCUGCGCACGGCGUCGACGUCACAGCACGCGGCCCUGGUGAAUGCCGGGUUCACGUCGGUGAAUCAUCUGCUGACGCGGCUGUCGCGCCAGGAGCCGAAGCUGCUGAUCAAGGAGGCAGCCCGCACGCUGCCGCUGAUUAUCGAGAAGCUCGGCGACCUCAAAGAGAAGUACCGCAGCCUGGCGAUGCAGGCACUGACGACGUUGCAGCAUGUGGCACCGCUGGAUGUCGAGCGCUUCGUCCGCAACACGGCCAUGGUCGGCAAGAACCCGCGAGCCAAGGAGGCCAGCAUGCAGUGGCUGCUGCAGAUGCACCACGACCACGGCAUGCCGUUCCGUGCCUACGUCCCCGGCCUGAUGGAGCUGCUCGAGGACGCCGACGGGAUGGUGCGCGACGCCGCCAAAGCCACCGUGCUCGACCUCUUCCGCUCGGCUCCCAACGCUGCCAAGGCCGACCUGAAGAAGCAGCUGAAGAUCUUCAAGGUCCGUCCGGCCAUUGAGCAGGCCAUUGUCCGCGAGCUCGUGCCCACAUCCGUCUCUGCUGCUGCUGCUGUUGAUGACGUCCGCCCCGAGUCUCUCCAGCCGGCUCGGCCACCGUUGCGAUCGGCUGUGUCCGUCUCGAACCUCUCCAACUUCUCGGCCAGCGUUUCGUCCACGUCAGGCCCUCCCCAAAGCCACGACCGCCCCGUCACACCCUCGCCCGAGACAGCUGGUCGUGCCGAACCGGUCGAGCCGUCGUACGUCAACACACAGCGCGAGCUCGACGACAUGCUCCGCGACAUGCACGCCUGGUUCGACGGCAAGGAGACGGAGCAGAACUGGCUGAAGCGUGAGGAGAGCAUGACGCGGCUGCGCCGCCUCAUCGCCGGCAACGCCACCGACUUCCAAGAGGCCUUUCUGACUGGCGUCCGCAGCCUCCUUGACGGCAUCCUCAAGGGCGUCAGCUCGUUGCGCACCAGCCUCAGCAAAGAGGGCUGCAGUCUCGUCCAGGACCUCGCCAACAUCUUCGGCCCCGGCAUUGACCCCAUGGUCGAGCUGCUGCUCCAGACGCUCAUCAAGCUCUCGGCUGGCACCAAGAAGAUCAGCUCCCAGCAGGCCAACGCCACUGUCGACGCCAUCAUCGCCAAGGUCACGUACACCAACCGGAUCAUGCAGCACGUCUGGGCCGCCUGCCAGGACAAGAACGUCCAGCCGCGCACCUACGCUGCCGGCUGGGUCCGCACCAUUCUCAACCGCGAGGCCCGCCACAAGGAGCGCUUCGAGCACUCGGGCGGCCUCGACCUCCUGGAGAAGUGCAUCAAGAAGGGCUUGAUCGACCCGAACCCGGGUGUGCGCGAGCGCAUGCGUGCCACCUUCUGGGCCUUUUCCCAGUUCUGGCCAGCCAAGGCCGAGGCAAUCAUGUCCACGCUGGAUGCCACGGCGCAGAAGCUACUGCAAAACGACCCGAACAACCCGAACUCGCCCAAGAAGGGUGGUAGCACGGCCACCCCGGUGGCACGAACGGGCCUGGGCCUGUCCAAAAGCACGAUGGGGUCGGCGAAGCCGUCGCUGCGGGAGACGAUGUUGGCGAAGAAGAAGGAGGCCCUGGCCACGCGCAAUUUGCCGACACGUCCUGGUUCUGCCAUGGCCCAGUUCUCACCCGUGCGGACGGGCUCUGGGUCUGGAUCCUCGUCCUCCGCUGCAGCCGGUGCCGGGUCAACAUCGUCUCUGGGUCGGCAACGGGCAGAGGGUGGUGGUGGCCUGUCCAAUGCCCCGGUGCGGCCAGCAAAGCGGCGACCCGAGCUGCACGCACGACCUGCCACAGCAGGGCCAUAUUCUGUUCGUACCCACGAAGUAACGAUCGAGCAGUCGAGCCCGCCAGAAAGGCUGCGGUCUAGGAACGCCGUGACGCCAAAACCACUGGCAUCCUCGCCCAAGAGAACGACAGGAGCGAGACCGCGGAUGGGACAUCAGGCAACCGUCAGCGAGUCGAACCUGGUAUCGCCAUCCCGCGCCGCCGCAGCUGCGCUUUCCAGAGCCACAGCGGCCAACACAGCCAACGCGUCUGCAGCGGCACGGCCACAGUCGAGCCAUAUGUCAGUAACGCCACGCAGCAGCCCGGCAAGACCAAAGUCCAUGGUCGCUGUCGUUCUUCCGGGCGCCGGAAGCAGCCCGAUACGGUUCCGAGGAGGCGGAGGAGCAGGGACGGCCGCACACAGUGUCGGAGACGAGAACAUGGUAUUUGCCAAGGUGAUGGACAGAGAGGCAUCGCCACCACCGCUCAAGGUGUACGAGGACCCGUUUUCGCCCGACGACCAGGACAUGUCCAAGAAGGCGCUGCCGCUCUUCAGCACGACGGCACUGGAGGACAAGCCGAUCAACGAGGACGCGGCCAAUCUGGUGCGUCUGACGGACGACAACGGCACAUCAAGCGUGACCUCCAUGACGGCAGCCGUGGCAGCGAUGGGGAUCACGCACCCAAACACCGGAGCAGGAGCAGCGACAGAAGACAUGCGGCAGGGAGAGCAGAUCUCAAUAUCACCUGAGAAGCUGCGGCAGAACACGCGGCUGCUGGACAGUGGCAUUGCCCGGGUCAAGGCGCAGUCGCUGGACGUGCAUGGCUUCCGGCGGCUGCAGGGCAUCAUCCGGGAUGCGGGCAGCAUUGGUGGUGGCAGUGCCAGCAGCAGCGGCAAGACGGCCGCGGUGCUGACGGACGCGCGGUUCGACUCGCUGCUGCUGGGCCUGUUUGCAUAUCUGGAGGCGCCACCAACAGCGGCAACGACAGCGGCAGGAGCGAUGAGCGGAGGAACAGACAAGGCGCAAGACGUCAAAGCACAGAUCCUGGCGACGAUCAAGCUGCUGCUGAAGAAGGGGCGGGCGAGCUUCCAGCCGCACGUGUCGCGUGGUCUAGAGGCGCUACUGGCGUCACGCACGGCGUAUGACGCCCGCACGCACAUUGUGGCCGGGCUGGAGCUGCUGGCCGACGAGCUGGUGACGCUGGGCGACCCGUCCGAGAUCGUGCUGGUGCUCGCGCGCGGGCUGAGCCGGGAAGACAACGGCGGAACAGGAUUGGCGACGUCUAGCCACUCGCUCAGCAUGGGACUGCACGUGCUCAAGGUGCUGGUAGAUGUGCGGCCAGCUUUUAGGCCGACCGAUGCCGAGCUCGGCCUGCUGCUGACCGGCCUGGCACAGCGCUGUCUCGAGAGCAGCGAGUCGGGCGUGCGCAUGGACGCGGUGCAGCUGUGUGUGGCCGUACACGAACGCGUCGGCGACACGCGCUUCUGGGCGGCGCUGCCAGGGGUCAAGGAUGAUCCGCGGAGCUUGAUCACGUAUUACAUUGUGAAGCGACAGAGGGAGGUGAAGGGGUGA